CAGUGUGUGUUGGCUAUACUGACAACUUUAGUUUUGUAAUUUGACAGUUUUGCGCGCGUAAAAUAUGAGUUACGUAGGGAAUGUGUGUUAACAAGAGUAACAUAAUUUGCCAUUUUAUCCAUAUAUAAACUGGUCACAAUGUCGAAUGAGCAAAACAGGGUUCGUAUUGUGCCAGUGUGGCUUUCUAAAAAGGGGAAUGAUGAAAUACAGGAAUCAGAAUUUCUUCGUUUUAAAGGAGAGAUAAACUACUGUGCAACCAUAGGUGACUGUGGGAUGGCUUGUGAAAGUCUUAUGGAAAUGCUGACAAAUCUAGAUGAAAUGGUUGUUGGAUUUGACAUGGAGUGGCCUGUAAAUAGCAAAACAGGGAGUGGGAAAACAUCACUUAUACAGAUUUGUCAUGAUGAAAAUGUGUGCCACUUAUUUCAUGUCAGCCAGAUGAGGAAUAUUCCUGUGGCUCUUGCACAUUUCCUUAAUCACCCUAAAGUAAGAUUGGCUGGACUCAACAUUAAGAGUGAUCUGUGGAAACUAAUUCGUGAUUUUCCCAUUAAGUUCCAAAGCAUGGAUGAAAUGAAAAUAAUAGAUUUGGGUGUCCUGGCAAAUAAGGUUUUAAAUUGUUCGCAGAGAUGGAGUCUAGAAAGACUUGUGAGAUAUGUGCUUCACAAAAAUUUGGACAAAAAUGAUGCUGUAAGAAAGAGCAAUUGGCAGCUUGAGUUGCUGUCAGAAGAGCAAAAGCACUACGCUGCUGCAGAUGCUUUGGCAUCUUUUGUGCUUUUUCAUGAACUUACUUCAAAGAAGAAAGUGAAAUGUGAAAUUUAAUGUCAAUUUUAUGGAUCUUUCAAGUAACUACAAAAUUUUGUAUCUUCUAUUGUAACUUAAGAUGUAUGAAUGCGGUUUUAUGAUUUUGUCUCCAAGACUUUUUAUCCACUUUCAAAAUCAUUGUUAACAAAACUUAACAUUGUGGCAUUUUACAUGCAGAGAAAUUUGUCACAACUUAUCAAAUAGUAUGGUGAGCAGUAUGAAUACACUACAAUCUUUUCGUGUGGUAACUGUGUUAAAUU